AUGGCUGACAAUCGAUACUUUCGUGCGUCGAAAAUUGAGCGAAAUUUAAUGGAAAAUGAGAAAUUCGACGAAUACUCUCCCUCCUCUUCCACAUCGUCCCCUUACACAACGUGGACCCAAAUGGAAGUUCCCCUCCAAAACGUUGUCUACUGUGAUUUCACAAACGAGUUCCUCGGCGCCUCAAACGGCUAUUUUCAAGGGGAUUUCAUGCAACGCUUUGAAGGCACUCCAAGCAACUCGAUGUCACCAGAGAGUCAACAUAACAUGUCCUCUUCAUCAACAUCAACACAUUUAGCAAUUCAAGCCGGCUCAAAUGGCAGCAAUCGGAGUUCUCCCGAUCAAAUCGAUAUGAAGCCCGAAAUCACAUUGAUGGCCUUCAAUCAACUCCCGAAAAACGUUUGCCCGACGAUUUGUGUUGUUUGUGGUGACACGGCAGCCGGUUAUCAUUAUGAUGUACCGAGCUGUAAUGGCUGCAAGACAUUUUUCCGCCGAACAGUGCUCGAUCAACGAAAGUUCACUUGUAAGAAAGGCGGGAAAUGCUUUGAGAUUUUGCCUAAAGAAAAACGUUGCUCUUGUCGAGCUUGCCGCUUUGCUCGUUGCGUUCAAGUUGGAAUGAAUCCAAUGGCUAUACAAACGGAUAAGGAUUUGAAGGGAAAUGAAAUGUUUAAGACGAUUGUGAACAAGAGGAAAAUAAGUAAAGAAAUCGUUGAGGAAAUCGAAGAACCACCAGCGAAUGCACAGCUUUUGAUGGAGUUGCGCCUGAAAGAGAAUGCUUUUGAUCGAAUGGUUGACAGUUUGAUGUACUUAGAGAUUAAGGUUGACAAGCUCCGCUCUUCCACUUACAACCCUCGACCAUUUGAGAUUGGCAGUCUGCGUGAUGUUCUCUCAAAACAUUCAGCUUUGUCAUUGGCUGAGCGAUUGGAUCCAAUGCCUAACUGGCCUCUUCCCCCCAUUCCCGCACAUAAUCCUGCCGAGUUUUGCUCCCCAUGCCAGAACCCAGUUAGAAAGGCGUGGAUGAAGAGUCCGAAUCGAAAAAUGUGGCUUUUCUUCGAUCUCCUUGUUACAGUUGAAUAUGCAAAAACGUUUGACUUCUAUUAUCAAUUGGACACACAAGAUCAGUUCACUCUCGUGCGGUACGUUUCUCUAAUGUGCAUGCAAGCGACGCAAAGCUUCUAUUCUUACAUCAUCAACGCUGAUACAAUCGUUCAUCCCGAUGGCACAAAGCCGCAAGAUAUGUGGAAAUGGAGAAAGUUGCAUGAAGGCCAUGACAAGACACACAACGAAUGCUUUGCGGCUCGAGAGGGAUUGUUUGAAGAGAACGUGAAACAGUUAAAGCUCAAUAGGAUCUGUCGGGAAGAAUAUGUGCUUUUGAAAGCGAUCACUUUAUGUAACUCAGCUAUCGGUGACCUCUCAGAACAUGGCUCAAAAAUCAUUGAACAAGCUCGUGUCAAAUACGCGGAAGCUCUCUUCUCGCUAGAAAUGGCUAAUUAUGGACCAGCAACUGGGCCUCUUAGAUUUCAAAGCAUUCUGGCUUCAAUCGAGGUGUUAAUCCGAAAUGCGAAGAAACAUCGAAAUGUACACUUGAUUGCAAUGCUCAAUAAGCCCCACCGUGAGGGGAAACCGCCACGUCCAGCAAUAGCUCUCAUCGACGAUAUUAUGGACGCU